GCCUUGGAAGAAACAGUAUUCUAUUCUGCUUUUCAAUUUUUUUGGCUGCCCCCUCUUUCCCCCAUUUUAUACAAGUACAAAUGGCAAUCAUUGCAGUUUAGGUAAUCACAUGCCUUGCUGUUGAUAACUUGGAAUAUAAAGAAAGAAAUCAGAAAAACAAAAGGGUACUUUAACACUUAGAGACAAUUAUUUUAAACUCGUGAACGUAACCAAGUUUUACGGUUGAGGAAUAUUUUUUUUCCCAUGAAUUUGUACGAUUGUAAGACGAGUCCUGGCUCUGCUUGAUCACGACAGGCCGCCCGUCUCCGCCCCCGAUUACGUCGGAGGCGUACAUUCCUUUGUCCAAGAUGGCGGCGGCACUGUCGUUACAGCUCACCCGUCGCUGACUGGCGGACAUGUUUUGCUUUUCAACCUGCUCUUGGCUUCUUCGUCAAAGGGCAAACGCACGUCGCCGCGGCGGGGUGCAAGUGGUGCUUUAGCCAAAGCUACUCUACACCGCCGGACAUCGAGGAUAUUGUACAGGCUCGUCGCCAUCUUCCCGCCGACAUGAAGCGGCAGGCUACCAGUUCGCCGCCGCCUCCUCCACUGCCGCCGCUCUCGUCGUCGGCCAGGGCGGCCGCCAAGAGGCACCGGGAGAGCGGCCGACGGGAGGAUCUGGCCCCACCACCGCUGGCCCUGCUACUGGCCAACAGCCGUGGCGGACACCGCAGGAGGAGCCGCAGCCGAGAGCGGGACAAGACUGCGGCCGGGCCGCGGCCUCCCGCCAGGGACUACAAAACGCUGCUCAUCAGCAACGUAAGCCCGCAGGUCCCAGAUGACGACCUGGAGGAUGCCCUCUUCCACGAGUUCAAGAGGUUCGGCGACGUAAGCGUCAAACUCUCACAUACGCCAGAACUUGGACGCAUUGCCUACGUUAACUUCCGGCAUGCGGAGGACGCCAAAGAAGCGCGCCACGCCAAAACGUCGCGGUUACUGCUGGCGGAAAGGCCCCUCAAGAUCGAGCCCGUGUAUGUGCGAAGGAGGAGCGUCACGCCGCCCGACGUCACCUACCUGGCUGCCGUGCGUGCCCACGCCACGCAUGCCUCCUACCCGUCCUACCGCCAAAGGUCACUGUCGCCACCCGGACCCUCGCUCAGCCUUCGCGAGUUAAGCGCACGUACCUAUGCCCUGGAAAGCCUAAGCCGCGAGCGCCUGCUGGAGUAUUAUGGGAUGCUGGACGAUAGGGGGCGUCCCUACGGUCUGGCGCCGGCCUUACAGCCGCUCCCACUGCAUGACGACCUGAAGCCCGAAGACGACCAGCGUGCGACAAGCAACCUUUUCAUCGGCAACCUGGACGGUGGCGUCACCGAGGCUGAGCUGAGGCAUGGGUUUGAAAAAUACGGCGCCAUCGAGGACGUGGUCAUCAAGAGGCCCUCGCGAGGCCAGGGUGGCGCCUAUGCCUUUGUCAAAUUUCAAAAUUUGGACAUGGCCCACCGCGCCAAGGUUGCCAUGCAGGGACGCCUGGUGGGUGGCCAUCCCGUUAAGAUCGGCUAUGGGAAAGCCAACCCCACCACGCGCCUGUGGGUGGGCGGCCUGGGACCCACCAACUCACUGGCUGCCCUCGCCCGCGAGUUCGACCGCUUUGGGAGCAUCCGCAACAUCGACUACGUCAAGGGUGACAGUUUUGCGUACGUACAGUACGAAAGUCUGGAUGCGGCACAGGCGGCGUGCACGCAGAUGAGGGGCUUCCCUCUGGGCGGGGCUGAGCGGCGCCUGCGCGUGGACUUCGCCAAGGUGGAAGAAACUACCACCCGCCCGUUUGUGCCCGUACAGCUGCUGCCCCACUACGAUGCGCCUGGCGAUGUCUAUGGCCGCCACCGCAGCCUAGAGCGCGGAGCCAGGGAGCGUGCGUCCCCCCCUUCGCAGAAGGAGCGCGAAUUGGCGUCCAGUCCCCCGCGGGGCCUGGACAGGAGGGCAAGCCUGGCGGUGGCAGGGGACGCCUUCGGAAGGAGCGGCAGAGGCCGGAGUCGCAGCAGGGAGCGCUGGCCAAAGGACCGCGAGGAGAGGCGGAUUCGGAGGCGAAGCCGCAGUCUGUCGGCUGAGCGCGAGAAGGGGCGGGGCCGCGUGCGGGCAUCGCCCGACCUUAGCCCGGACCGUGCUCGCAUCCGGGCGCCCGACUCCACCACGGAGCCGCGGGACCACACCCCCGACGCUAGGGAGGCCGAGUCUCCGAUUGCACGCCACCGCGGCAGCAAACAGGUCAACAGCCAUCACCACCGCAGUGGUGAAACCGCCGUGUCACCGACUGUGCCCUCCGGCGCGCCCCUGCCGUGCCCAGGCUCGCUGUCAGAGUAUGCCGCGUCAUCACUGGCUAAGUGUUGGCGUGGCGUGUUUGCGCUGAAGAACAGUAGCUUUCCGGCCCACCUGUACCUGCUGGAAGGCGGCGCCCCCUUCUUCGGUGCCAUAAUGCGGCGCAACGGUGAGCCACUCAAGAUCGCACAGCGCCUCCGCAUGGACCAGAGUCGCCUGGAGGAGGUGGCGAGGCGCGUGAAGGCGGGUCGGCCCGAUGCCUUCGCUGUGCUGCUGGCACUCCAAGGACCCGUGGACCGGCAGGCUGGUGUCCCUGACACGGGGCUCCAGGUGCGCCUGCUGCGCCACUUGGUGGCCUAUCUACGCAACAAGGACGCCGCCGGCGUGGUCAGCCUACCCGGCGCCAAGGAAGGCGGCCCGGGCGCCAUGCUGUAUGCCUUCCCGCCGGGUGACUUCUCAGUGCAGUACCUCCAGGCUGCCAAGAAAGCGGCGUCGAGUCUGGAUGAGGAGCACAUGGUGGUGGUGGUGGUCAAUGACACUAACUGACCUCAAAACAAACUGAAGCUCCGCCCUCCCUAAUCAAUAAUCAGCUAGCAUCUUCUCUUGAAACACUACAGAAACAUCUUUGAACUUUUCAUACUCAAUAGGUUUCAAAUGCAAUUUUAGACACAACACAAAGUCAAAAUGUGAGCUGGUGAAAACAUGUUUCCAUGAUAACCUUUUUAAAGAACUAAUUCUCUUUUUAUGUAUUUUGUUUUUACCAGAUGUCAUGUUAAAAGAAAAUGGUCACCUUCUAAA